CUCCUCGGCAACUGAGUUAAUAUCCAGACGCGGCGUUUUCUCACGUCAUCAUUACGGCUCGGUGGAUCAGCUACCGCAAACCGAUUUAGAUGGAUUAGAUCCGAAUUUUAAACGUUUUCGUGUAGAAACCGGUGAUUCAUUGGCCGAAAAGGAUGAGGUCUUUGGCUCGCCCAGCACACCCAUAUUGGAGAAUCCUGAGCAUCAAACGCGCUGGUAUUUCAAAUACUUUUUGGGCAAAU